AUGUUUUACAACACCGCCAUUCUUUCCGUGCUCGUCGCUAGCACUUCCAUGGUUUCAGUCUCACUCGCUGCUCCUGUCAACGCACGUCAAUCUCCUUCUUGUCCCGCAGGAACUUCCUACUUUGACUACGAGUCCACCAGCGGCUUCAAGGGAUGUACCGCCACACCUGCUGAAUAUCAAAAUGGACCUCGCAAAUACUGGGGCAUCUGUCCAACUGGACACGGAAACUGGUAUGUCUGCGCAAACGGGUUCAAGGGUUGCACCACCGACAGCACAAUCUGCGACACAAAGCCUUCCGGCUGGGUCCCACCUGUCCUCCCACCUGUCGCUCCAAAGGACUCUUGCCCAUCUGGCCAGGCCUACUAUGUCUGUGCUACUGGAUUCAAGGGGUGUAGUUCCGAUACCAGCGUCUGCGAUCCCAAGCCACCAGUCGAACCAUCCACUUGCCCAUCUGGUCAGAGCUACUAUGUCUGCGCCAAUGGGUUCAAAGGAUGCAGUGCCGAUACUUCAGUCUGUGAUCCUAAGAAGCCCGAAUCCGAGCCAGUCGAGCCAGGCUCAUGCCCAUCUGGUGAAAACUACUAUGUUUGCGCCAAUGGAUUCAAGGGAUGCAGUGCCGAUACCACUGUCUGCGAUUCCAAGCCAAAGGGAUCCGAGAAAGUCGAGCCUGAGGUAGUCAACCCAUCAACCGGCAACAGCAAGUUUUGCCCAUCCGGAACAUCCUACUACGAUUACGAGUCUACCUCCGGCUUCAAGGGUUGCACUUCAGCACCAGCUGCUUACCAGAACGCGCCUCGUGUCUACUGGGGCAGCUGCCCAACUGGCCACGGUAACUGGUAUGUCUGCGCCAACGGCUUCAAGGGUUGCAACACCAACUCCGCUGUUUGCGACUUGAAGGUUUAA